AUGGUGAUGCGUGGAUGUCCGGAAACGCUCGACGACUUUGAGGCUUACGACCGGUCUAGGCUUGGAUCCCAACUGCAAGAGGAUCUAUUCGACGCAGCGUACAAUACGGCACGAAAUGCACUGGGGACACCAUUUAGAGGUGUCUCCGGCUUCGAUGUGACACAGAAAUGGCGCGAUGAAUAUGGUGACCACGAUCAAGCUGUGACCGACCGCCGACUGUCGGAGUACCGCAAUAGACGCUACGAGCUACCUCCUGAAACUGUCGGCGAGAUGUUCCCAACCGCCACAUCCAGCCCCCAGUCAAUAGCCACCGUCGAGUCAGACAGCUCCGAGACCCAUGACUGGCCCGUCUCUUCGAAUCAUCCCACCCACGACUACUCCGAAGUGCCCGAACGCCCGUCGGAAGGGUCAGCAUCGGUUGACGAUGGGUCAGAGUCUGACGACGGAGAUCGCCCCCCAUAUCCACACGAUCGCGACUCUUACUGGGACGACGACUAUAUACCUACUCCCCAUCCUAUCCUCUCGAGGCGAGCACCAUCCCGUCGUGCCCGUCGACGUCAAACCAUGUAUCGACAUGAAGACGACUAUGAUCCGCCAUUCCAGCGAUCGUCCAGGCGGGGUCCAAGAAGAUCGCGCCAUGAGUCACGACCCAGCACGCGCAGAUCUCGCUCGGGCAGAUACUCUCGGCGGUAG